UUCCUCAGGAAAUUGGACAGGAUUGCCUAAAACCGUUUCAGUGGAGACGGUACGUGUUGUCAGUGGACCUGUCCGCAGGUUCAGGUGCUCUUUGCAGGGUUUGGUUGUUGGAUGAAGCUGCAACAUUGUUGCGUACCGCUGCUGAAGAGAGGAAGAAAGGUUAGUGCGUGUCGGCAAGCUGUGAAAGUGGCCACAUAGCCGCUUGCUUAUUGUGCACUGUAGUAUCACAGGCCUGUUCAGAAACAACUGUUCUGGCCUCAGAGAAGCCAGCUUCAUCCCUGACUGAUGGACGCUUUCGGCUUCGUGUACGCCGUGCUUCUGUUCGCCGUCGUGGUGCACGGCAAGCCAACGUUAAGAAAGGAGAGAGUUCUUCAUCACGACCCAGAACUGAGCAGGCAAGCCCACGAAGAUAAUAAAAGCUUCCAGUACGACCAUGAGGCCUUUCUUGGCAAAGAGGAAGCCAGAACAUUUGAUCAGCUCACCCCCGAGGAGAGCAAGGACAGGCUUGGUAAAAUAGUGGACCGGAUAGACAGCGACGCUGAUGGUUACAUCACCACACCCGAACUCAAGGCUUGGAUCAAACGUGUACAGAAGCGUUACGUAUAUGAGAAUGUGGCAAAGGUGUGGACAGAUUAUGACCUGAACAAAGACAACAAGAUUUCAUGGGAUGAGUACAAGCAAGCCACAUAUGGAUACUACCUCGCCAACCCAGAGGAGUUUGAGGAUGCAACAGACCAGUUCAGCUUCAAGAAGAUGCUUCCUCGUGAUGAGAGGAGGUUUAAAACAGCUGAUCUGAAUGGGGACCUGGCAGCAGACAGAGAGGAGUUCACGUCCUUUCUCCACCCUGAGGAGUUUGAACACAUGAAGGAUAUUGUGGUUCUGGAAACCCUGGAGGACAUUGACAAGAACGGCGACGGACACGUGGAUGAAGAUGAGUAUAUUGCCGACAUGUUUGCUCAUGAGGACGGGGGUCCAGAGCCGGACUGGGUCAAGACUGAGAGGGAACAGUUCUCUGACUUCCGAGACUUGAACAAAGAUGGUAAGAUGGACCAGGACGAAAUCCGCCACUGGAUUAUGCCACAAGACUACGACCAUGCCCAAGCUGAGGCCAGACAUCUGGUGUACGAGUCUGACCAGGACAAGGACCAAAUGCUGACCAAAGAGGAGAUCCUUGAAAACUGGAACAUGUUUGUGGGAAGUCAGGCCACCAACUACGGAGAGGACCUCACCAAGAACCAUGAUGAGCUCUGAGCUCUCUGUGUGUGUGUGUGUGUGUGUGUGUGUGUGUGUGUGUGUGUGUGUGUGUGUGUGUGUGUGUGUGUGUGUGUGUGUGUGUGUGUGUGUGUGUGUGUGUGUGUGUGUGUGUGUGUGUGUGUGUGUGUGUGUGUGUGUGUGUGCGGAGGGUUGUUGAACAUCUUUGUCUUCAAAGACAGAAUCACAGACUCUUGCACCUCCUGCCACCACCAUUCCAUCCUUUCCUCGUAAAUAGCAGGACAGAUGUCAGUGUGUUCGAUUGUAAACCAACACUGUAGAUACCAAAUACGAGGAGGGAUGAGGGUCAGUCCUACCACUAACACAAAGGGUCCAUCUCUGGUUUUAUAUCAACAGUUCUGUUUCUGACAUUCAGGAGCAAAGCCAGACCCAGUGGACCUACUUUCCACCUUUCGAUGGUGCCUUCCAGCCGCAUUGCUGGCUUCGCUGCCUCAGAUCUGUGCGGAUAGUCUUCAAUAAAACCUGUCAAAGCUGAAUGCCGAGCUUGACGUGAAGUGUUAAAUACAGGAACGUUUUUUGAUAGCAAUGUUAAUGUGAAACUACAGUGCAGAACAUUUAUUCUGAUUUUUAUUUAUUUAUCGAAUAUCUUCUGAAUCCUAGGUUUGAGAGGAAUACAGUUUUCAACUUCAGAUCUUUUUUUAAAAUAAGACACAAACUAUGUUUCUUUGUUUACAGUUUUCCUGGCCAAAUAAUUUUAAUGUUGUUUUUUUGUUUGGAUUAGUGCUUAAAGAACUCUUAAUUAACUGAUGUUUAAUGGCAUGGUUUUUGCACGCGUUUGGUUUUAGUGUAGCUUGUGAAAGAUUUUUUUUUUCAGACUUAGUUUGAAAUGUAUUUAUUGGUAUACUUAAGGCCAACAGUAUGCUCCAUGUUAAAUUUUAUUGACAUUUGCUGAUGUUAUAUUUGAGCUUUAUUACAGCCGUCUAAUUUAAUUAACGUUGAAAGUUUCCUUUCCUCACAUGACUCCUAACUUCCUGUUACAUCACUCCGAAGUCAUCUUCUGUAUCAGACGAACUGAAUUUAUUUCCACUGCAUUUGGUAUCGUAUAUAUCAGCCUAGUGUUUUUGAACAUCAGAAAAUCAUCUUUUGUCUUUUUGAUCAAAUUAUUUGUAUUGGUUAAUGGAUAGCUGGUAUGACAGAUGCAUAGAACUAUGCAACUCAUGAAAACAACAAACUAUGACCAGAAGUUGAGGGUCUUUUAGUCAAAUUAAUGUCACUCAAAAUCCUUUAUUCUCCUUUUAAUUUUUUCAGUUGUGUUUUGUUGUCCCAAACCUCAGUUGCAUUAAUAGUCCACAUCACACAUGGGCACAAACAUAUCAACAUGUCUACUUUUCCAUACUGCACAUGCCCACACAUUGUGUCAAAAUAAAAAAGUAUUGUGUA